AUGACACCAAGACUAUUGAGAAUAGCACCAACUGUGCGCCACCAGUUACACUCAUGUACUACAACGCUAGUCAAGAAGAAUAAGCUGCCUCCGAGGCCAAAACUGACGGUCGAAAUUGAGCCAGAACUGGAGGAGAAGUUCUUGCAUGGAGGAAGAGGGCCUGGCGGCCAAAAGAUAAACAAAUGCAACAGUAAGGUGCAGUUGAAGCACGUUCCUAGCGGUAUUGUUGUAGAGUGCCAAGAAACGCGAUCUCGCGAGCAAAACAGGAAGAUUGCACGCGAGAAGCUCGCGCUACAGUUGGCCAUAUGGCAAAAUGGUGGGAACCCAACAGCUCGCCAGACUGCACUACACGAGUGGGAGAAACAGGGUAAACGCAGCCGAGAACGUAAAAGUCGCGACAAGCAUGACCGACAUGGGGACGCCCGGAGACAGGAACGGCUCAAAGAAGUGCAGGAAGAGGAGCAGCUUUUGGAGAGUCUUUUGCGGGGCAAGGUGUAG